AUGACUUCUUUUGUGCAAGAGUACCCAAUAGUUCAAACCUAUUUUUCAGAUCUUUUCUCAUCCAAUUAAAGAAUAGGUCUUACAGUUUAUCAUGUAGCUGCCUCUGUAGGAAACUUUUUAAUCUCCUAGAGUUUUAAUUAGGGGUAAUCAGACUAAUCUAGUUUAUACUAGAUGGUUUCUAAGACUGGAGUUUUAUAAGCAAAGAAAAAAUUGGUUGAUCAUGGAAUCGUUAGCCUUACCACUCUUGAGUGGAUACUUGUCAUUCUCUAUGGAUUUUUAGCUGCUUAUAGUUAUGUAGACGUAGCACUUGGAUAUGUUGGAUUAGUAACAAAUCUCUUUUAUACAUACCUCAUCCUAAGACCCCCCACAAGUUAUGAUGCUAACGAUAAUUUUGACAAAUUUCUUCCAAAACUCAUUAAUGGUUUUAAAUCGUAUACUGUAGGAAGCAUGAUUACAAUGGUUGUACUCUUUGCUGGUGCUUCUAUAUUAGCUCUUACAGUGAACGGCUCAGGACUAAUUAUCGUUUUUGGAAUUCUUCUGUUGCCUAAAAUCCUUUUCCACUAUUUAAUUGGAUACCUUGCAGAUAAAAGCGCACUUUCAUAUGUUGGCAAAUUUGUUUGA